UUUUAAUGCUUCUAGUGGUUAGCACAUUCAGCCCUUCCUUAGUAUACCAGUUCCAAAGACACGGAUAGUACAAAUGGAUGGGUGCCGUUUCUUGGGCCAAGCUAGAAGUUCCUAAUAAACGGAGCGUCUGAGUUGUAUGUAGCUGUAUGCACGUACAAAAAUGAAAAGUCCCAUGCAAGGAAGCAGUUUCUUCUCUCAGUAACCGACCCACUAGAUUUUACGUGACACUCUCAGCCAAUAGUGUCUUGUAUAGAACAAUGUCUGAUCAUCACGCUGGAAAAGGUUAUACCCCUCUGCCUCAAAAUAUAAGCAAUACUGAUACUGAAGACGAAGAAGAUUGUCUGGCCCAAACAAGUGAAAUUCUUAAAGAUCAUGCCGAUGAUACACAGCUACAAUCAACUAUUAUACAUGAAAAUGGAGUGUAUUAUCCAUUGGAUGAAACAAGGAACUUAGGAACUCGUGCAAAAAAUGGACAAAACAUGCUUAAAUAUUAUAGGGAUGAUAUACCUAUAAUGGUAAUUGAGGGCAAUGAUCAGAAUGAUUUGUGGAAAAGACAUGCUAUGUCUCCCUUAUGACGAUUUUGUUUGGUUGCUUCUAUAUUAUUAUGUGUUGUAACAAUAGUUAUAUUUCUUUAUGUUCUACCAUGUGAUAACUCAAUGGUAUGUCCUUCAGUAAAUGAACCACAAUCACCUAUAUCUUGGGAUAAAACUUUACAAGGAAUAGAAUUACAUGGCCCUAUCUCUAUUAUUCAUGGAAAUCCAUCAACAUUGAUAUUUCUUGUUCGUGGACGAAGAUUUAGAGAAAAUGAUACAAAUAAUGAUCAGGGUCAAAUAUCAGCAGAAGGAGGAGGAGUUAUGUCAAUGCAAGCAAAUAGUGGUUUACCAUUAUGGUUGGUUUCGUUAAAACGGCCACCUACCGAAAUUGAUUGUAUUUCAGUUGAUACUGAUCGGUCUGGAAAACCAGAUUGUAUAGUUGCUGGAGAUCACGGCCUCUUGGCUAGUAUUGAACCUAUUGCAGGCACUAUACAUUGGAGUUCAAAAAUUUAUACAUACGAGAAACUACCUCUGAUUUUACCAGAUAUUGAUUCAGACAAAAUAGAAGAUUUUUUGAGUAUAGAAGUACCACCAAAAAGCAUGCCUAAUCUUGUUCUCCUAUCUGGUGGAACUGGACAUCUCUUAGGACGAUACUCACCUGGAAAUUGUUCGUCCAUUGAUAUAGAUAAUCAUGUCCUUAAUAAUACAGUAUCUUAUAUUUGUUACGAUGAUAAUAGAAAAAGUAUGAUAAAAACUAUGACUAUUCAGGGUUUAUUACAUGCUACAAAAUUAUCAGAAUAUAAAAAAUUGGUAAUAAAACCAACAAUGGCAUUUAGCAUGUUCAAAACCUUAAAAUUCAAUAGUGAAAAGAAUAACUGGAGGCCUACACAAUAUCACUACUUAUCCAUUGAAAACAAAGGCUUAUGUCCUGGAGAAUUUUGUAAAGCUAGUGUUAAUCUAACAUUACAAAAAUAUGGAAAUCAACCAAUAGUAAUCUGGGAUCAUGUUAGUCCUAAUUCUUUUGUAUCAAAACCAGCUUUUCUGGUUAUGUCUGGAAAACCUUAUACUUGCGGAUUUGCCAUUAAAUUUUGGCAAUGGAUUAACUCAACAUCUGAACAUAUAGAAAAAAUAUCUAUUGUUACAGAAAGAAGACUAAUAGAAAAAGUAUUAAUUGUUUUUGUGAAUUAUACAGAUGUUCAAGUUAGGAACGCGAAUCAAACUGAUAUCAUUCAAUUGUGUCGAAAUGCAGAUUGUCAGCCAAAUUUGAGCUUACGUGCUCGGUUCAGUUCAAUUAAAAUUGAUUAUAUUAGCGAAGAUGGCUUCCCAGAAUUAAUAACUUAUUGGUCUUCGUAUGAUAUAGAAGCAACAAAGGUACUAACAUCAAAAGUACAGGUUGUAAAAUUAGAUUCACUUGUAAUGGAUCUUCCACAUACAAGUGUUUAACUUUUGGUUUAUUUGAUUGCUAAAUUUGUAGACAAAUUAAUUAUUCAAUUCUGCAAUAUAAUUAAUUAAUAAAUAUUUUAACAACGAAACGGAAAUGUUGUUAAAUAUAUUUAAGUAUACUAAUUAAUAUAUUGAUAUAUGGUAUCUGGCCAUAAAUUUAUUAGAGCUAGUCAACACUUGGUAAUAAUGUGACAACGAUUUUUACGGGCGCCUAAUUUACAAUAAAAUAAUUUUUAAAUAAUGAUUUUCAUAAUGAACAAUUACUAUUAAUGUUCACAUAUUUUGAAAGAAUUUAACGGUGCCUUGCAGAAGUUAUAUACAGAAACACAAACAAAUGUAUAAAAGUUUGCAAAGAUAAUUGCACAUUAUUAGAGAGAAUAUAUUAAAAGUUUCAUAUGUUUAACAAAACUUUUAAAGAUAUAGCAGAGUUCCUUUUGUAAUAUUACUUGAUAACAAUGUAUUUUAUCUAAAUUUAUUCGAUAUUAUGGGUGAAUUCUUCAUUAUAAAGAAUAAAGCUUAUUGCAUAUAAAAGGUAUAAAUGCUAUUUAGUGUAGUAAUGCAGAUGAUGAAUAGUAAAUAAAAAUUUCAUUCUAGUUA